AUGGAUGGAGAUGUGAUGAUUGCUGGGUUUUUCCCUCUCUACACUUUGGGAAUAGAUCGAAGUAAAAGUGAUGCUUCCAACCAUGAAGAACACACACCAGGGGCAAUGGCUGGGGGAAUCCUGGGUGUUCUCUGCAUCCUCAACCCUGAUCUUCCAAUGCCUACUGCACCACAAACAGCUCAUCGUCAUUACUUUAUCCUGAAUCUGCUGUUGAGUGAUUUUCUUCUGCUACAUCCUUGUAUCUCCUCCAUCCAAGCUGUCAUUGCAGAGGAUGAAGUGACAUUGUUACAACCUGUGUCAAUGGCACAAGUUCUGUUGAUCUUCAAGAACUAUCAGUUUGUUUUGGCAUUGGCUUUCGCUAUUGAGGAGAUCAACAAAAACCCUAAUCUUUUACAUAACUUGACUCUUGGAUUUGAUAUCUAUGAUUUUUUCUUUGGAGCUUGGGCAGUAUUUAAGAAUCCCUUCAUUUGGCUUUUUGGGGAGGAUAAGAGUCCAAACUACUCCUGCAUGAGAGACAGCAAAUCUAUAGCAGUACUUACAGGACCAUCAGGAAUAACAUCAGCCCAGAUUGGUCCACUGCUGCAACUUUACAGGAUUCUACAGUUUACCUUUGGGCCUUUUGAUCAUGCCCUGAAUGACAAUAACAAGUUUCCUGCUCUUUAUCAGACGGCCACAAAGGACACAUCAAUUGCCACUGCCAUGGUUUCCUUACUGCUUCACUUCAGCUGGAACUGGGUGGGACUGUUGACCUCACAAGAUGAGAAUGAUUUGUGGAUUUUUCCUGAGCUGAAAGAAGAGAUGGCCAAGAACACAGUUUGUGUAGCUUUUGAGCAUGUGAUUCCAAACCAUUCCUUGUCACAUGUAUUGAGACUCACAGCAGUUUAUAACCAGAUUAAUAAAUCUUCCACAAAUGUACUCAUUAUAUAUGGUGAUAAUGAAUCCCUACUGGAUUUAAUGAUGUGUGUUGAACGAUUUUUAGUAACAGGCAAAGUGUGUAUCAUGAAUUCACAGUGGCAUUUAACCAUGAAAAGGAAAUAUUUCAUGCUAGGCUCAUUCCAUGUACCUUUCAUUUUUUCAUACCACCAUGCACAAAGUAUUGGAUUCACAGAUUUUAUAAGGGCAGUUAACCCUUCCAAAUACCCAGAAGACUUUUACCUUGCUAGGUUGUGGUUUCUGUCUUUUAAUUGCUCAACUCCUGACUCUGACUGUGUGACAUGGGAGAACUGUCCACAUGAUGCCUCCUUGGAAUGGUUGCCUGGACACACUUUUGACAUGGCUAUGUCUGAAGAGAGUUACAAUAUCUACAAUGCUGUGUAUGCUGUGGCCCAGGCCCUCCACGAGAUACUUCUUCAUCAAACAGAAGUGACAUUAAUGGGAGAUGGGAAAGGGACGGUACCUUCCCUUGCACAGCUGCAUGUUUUUCUGAAGAAAACCCUAUUUAAGACUCUUGCUGGAGAAAAAGUAAUUAUGGAUGAUAAAAGAAAAUCAGAGCUAGAGUAUGACAUUGUAAACAUUUGGAAUUUUCCAGAAGGUCUUGAACUUAACGUGAAAGUAGGGAAGUUUUCUCCAUAUGCUCCACAUGGUCAUCAGCUUUCAUUGUCAGAAGAUAUGAUAGAGUGGACCUUAGGAAGUACAGAGACUCCUUACUCUGUGUGCAGUGAGAGCUGUGGUUCUGGAUUCAGGAAAUCCUCUCAAGAGGGAAAGGCUGCCUGUUGCUUUGACUGCACCCCCUGCUCAGAGAACGAGAUUGCUAAUGGGACAGACAUGGAGCAGUGUGUGAAAUGUCCAGAGCACCAGUAUGCCAACACAGAGAGAAAUCAAUGCCUCCUAAGAGUUUCAAGUUUCUUGUCUUAUGGAGAACCCUUGGGGAUGGCUCUGACCUGCAUGGCUCUUUGUUUAGCUACACUCACAGCAGUUGUUUUUGGGGUCUUUGUGAAACAUCAGAACACCCCCAUUGUCAAGGCCAAUAAUCAGGCUCUCAGCUACAUCCUGCUCAUCUCCCUCAUUUUCUGUUUCCUGUGUUCCUUGCUCUUUAUUGGCCAUCCCAACAUGGUCACCUGCAUUCUGCAGGAGACCACAUUUGGAGUUGCAUUCACUGUAGCAGUUUCCACUGUCUUAGCCAAAACUGUGACUGUGGUUCUGGCUUUCAAAGUCACUUCUCCAGAGAGAAGGAUGAGAUGGCUGCUCGUAUCAGGAGCUCCUAACUUCAUUAUUCCCAUCUGUACCCUGAUCCAGGUGACUCUCUGUGUACUCUGACUGGGGACUUCUCCUCCCUUCAUUGACACAGAUAUACAAUCAGAACAUGGCCAUGUCCUCAUCCUGUGUAAUAAGGGCUCCCUCACUGCUUUCUACUGUGUCCUGGGAUACCUGGUUUUCCUUGCUCUGGCCAGUUUCACUGUGGCUUUCUUGGCCAGGAACCUGCCUGACACCUUUAAUGAAGCCAAGUUUCUGACCUUCAGCAUGCUGGUGUUCUGCAGUGUGUGGCUCACCUUCCUGCCCGUCUACCACAGUGCCAAGGGAAAGGUCAUGGUGGCUGUGGAGGUCUUCUCCAUCUUGGCCUCCAGUGUGGGGCUCCUGGGCUGCAUCUUUGCUCCCAAGUGCUACAUCAUCUUGUUAAGGCCAGAGAGAAAUUUUCUGCAUGGCUUUAGGGACAAAAAAUAUAUUGGGAGAAAUAAGCCCUCUUAA